GGUAGGCUUUGUUACUUUGGUCCCAGCUCUCUGCAGGUCAUUCACUAGGUCCCACCGUGUGGUUCUGGGAUUUUUGCUCACCAUUCUUGUGAUCAUUUUGACCCCACGGGGUGAGAUCUUGCGUGGAGCCCCAGAUCGAGGGAGAUUAGCAGUGGUCUUUUAUGUCUUCCAUUUCCUAAUAAUUGCUCGCACAGUUGAUUUCCUCAAACCAAGCUGCUUACCUAUUGCAGAUUCAGUCUUCCCAGCCUGGUGCAGGUCUACAAUUUAGUUUCUGGUGUCCUUUGACAGCUCUUUGGUCUUGACCAUAGUGGAGUUUGGAGUGUGACUGUUUAAGGUUGUGGACAGGUGUCUUUUAUACUGAUAACAAGUUCAAACAGGUGUCAUUAAUAAAGGUAACGAGUGGAGGACAGAGGAGCCUCUUAAAGAAGAAGUUACAGGUCUGUGAGAGCUAGACAUCUUGCUUGUUUGUAGGUGACCAAAUACUUAUUUUCUACCAUAAUUUGCAAAUAAAUUCAUUAAAAAUCCUACAAAUGUGAUUUUCUGGAUUUUUUUCUAAUUUUGUCUGUCAUAGUUGAAGUGUACCUAUGAUGAAAAUUACAGGCCUCAUCUUUUUAAGAGGGAGAACUUGCACAAUUGGUGGCUGACUAAAUACUUUUUUGCCCCACUGUAUUGGUAGAUGGGUAAAAAUAAAAGGCAGACAUCAAGUUAUUAAUUACACUUUGGAUGGUGUAUCAAUUAACCCAGUCACUACAAAGACACCGUCCUUCCUAACUCAAUAUCCGGAGAGAAAGGAAACCAAUGGUGAGGCCAAUGGUAAAUUUAACACAGUUACAGAGUUUAAUGGUUGUUAUGGGAGAAAACUCAGGAUGGUUCAACAACAUUGUAGUUACUCCACAAUACUAACUUAAUUGACAAAGUGAAAAGAAGCAAUCCUGUACAAAAUACAAAUAUUCCAAAACAUACAUACUGUUUGCAACAAGGCACUAAAGUAAUACUGCAAAAAAAAGUGGCAAAUCAAUUCACUUUUGUCCUGAAUACAAAGUGUUAUGAAAAUCCAAUACAACCAUUACUGAGUACCACUCUCCAUAUUUUCAAGCAUAAAAAUAAAAUACAAAAAAUAAAAAUCGUUAAGGACUUGGGAGUUUUUCAGGAUAAAAAAAGAAAUGGAGCUAAGCACAGCCAAAAUCCUAGAAGACACCUGGUUCAGUCUGUUUUCCUCCAGAUACUAGGAGAUGAAUUCACCUUUCAGCAGGACAAUAACCUAAAACACAAGACCAAAUCUACACUGGAGUUGCUUACCAAGAAGAGAGUGAAUGAUCCUGAGUGGCCAAGUUACAGUUUUGACUUACAUUUACUUGAAAAUCUAUGGAAAUACCUGAAAAUGGUUGUCUAGCAAUGAUCAACAACCAAUUUGACAGAGCUUGAAGAAUUUAGAAAAUGAUAAUGGGCAAGUGUUGCACAAUCCAGGUGUGGAAAGCUCUUGAGACUUACCCAGAAAGAUUCACAGCUGAUAUUACUGCCAAAGGUGUUUCUACAAAGUGACUCAGGGGUGUGAAUACCUAUGUAAAUGAGAUAUUUCUGUAUUUCAUUUUCAAUAAAUUUGCUAAAAUUAAAAAAAAACAAUUUUCACUGUCAUUAUGUGGUAUUGUAUGUAGAUAGGAGAGAUUAUUAUUUUUGGAAUCAAUUUUGAAUUCAGGUUGUAACAACAAAAUUAGGAAUAAAUCAAGGGUAUGAAUACUUUCUGAAGGCACUGUAUAUGUCCAACUUGUACAAUAUAUUAACCUUAUAUCAUAGCCUACUAACAACAUUUGCAUUACUUAUUAUGCCUCUCUUGAGUGGUAUAUGGAGGGAUAUUUUUUAAAAGACAGUAUAAGUGGAAGGAUAAGUCAUCACCUUAAUUCAUAUAUUUCCAGACAAAUAUGAAGACACAAGAUGUAUACUGAGUUGUAUUAUGAUGCAGACAUGCAUAUUUAUGUAUUGUAAGAAGACAGUUUUAUUAUAAUGAUGAUCAUAAAUAUUUACAUAUAAAAACGUUUCUGCAAUAGUACAGUUUGACAUGGCUUUAUGGUCUCUCGAGGGGUAUUUUUGAAAACACGAAGUGGAAGGAUAAGUCACCGUCAGCAAUGAAAUUAUUUCAAGGCAAAUAUUAAGACGACACAAAAGAGGAAGACUGAGUACAAUGAUGCACAUUCAUAUUUACAUAGGAUAUCAUCUACUAAGAUGAUCAUACAUUUACUAUUAAGUUUUGUAGUUUUCCUAGUUGACAGGUGGAAGACACUUGGGGGACUGAGCUAAAAGAUACCUUACAGUAUAUUUAGAGUCCUGAUAUUCAGUCUCACAAACAGCUGUCAGGGGAGAGUCUAUAUUGAAACUGUAAAUUAGGAGGUUGCUGAUAGAGACUGGGCUUUUCUAGGACUGGACUAAACUUGGAAGGCAGGCAGUGACUGGGCUCUGAAGAUGGCUGACAGAGACUGGACUUUACCUUUUCUAGGAGGCAGACAGUAGCUGGGCUCUGAAGGUGAUUGGCAGAGCCUGGACUGGAAUUUGAAAGUCUGGGCUAAACUUGGAAGAAGGCAGACAUUGGCUGGGCUCUGAAGGUGGCUGACAGAACAGGCUUGACCUGUCUAAGAGGCAGACAGCUACUAAAAGAAACAAUUGGAAAAUGAGACUGUCGUGUUGUAGCAACUAAUCUGUCCCUUAGUGGUAGAGCGUGCUCACUCCCUGGAUGUUGUGUGCUCAAGGUUUUAUUUGUUCUCAGUAGUUUUUUCAAUUAGUAUAUAUUUUUCUCCCCAAUUUUGUUUUAUCCAAUUGCGAUACAAUUACGAUCUUGUCUCAUCGCUGCAACUCCCCAACGGGGCUCAGGAGAGGCAACAGUCGAAUCGUGUCCUCUGAAACAUGACCCGCAUAACCACGCUUUUUUAACACCCACCCACUUAACCCGGAAGCCAGCUGAACCAAUGUGUCAGAGGAAACACUGUUCAAUUGACGACCAAUGUCAGCAUGCAGGUACCCGGCCCGCCACAAGGAGUCACUAGAGUGUAAAUGCCGCUACCUCGGCUGGGUCUGAGGUGCAGGAAGUGGAGAUGAAUUGGGUGGUUGGAGCAAAUGUCUUAUCUGCCUGGGCGUGGGGUAUGUGGUGGCUGCCCACAUCCAACCCGGCUCCGGAGCGAUCUGUCGCCAGUUACUGGAGGCUACUUGAAGAGAGCGGUUCGGUGGGUACCCCCCACUGCUUCUGUCUGCCUCGGUCAAGCACUGCUUGCCUCUCUUCCCAGACUUGUUGAUGAAGGUCCGGUCCCACUGCUGUGAUCCGGUCCUACGUGGACUUUCGAGACCGGGCUAGCUAAACGAGCGCUGCAUAGCGUGUAGCCAGUUUGGCUAACUCGUAGAGGUGAGCUAGCUAUUCUUGCCUCCUCAUUCUAGACUUAUGUACACUCAGCUAGCACGUCAGAGUCUACAAACUCAGAAUGCUCACGAGCUGCCGGCUACUAUAGCGACACAUCUGUAGUGGUGUGGAAAUGAUCCAACCAUUAUGUAGAAAUUAUGUUGAAUUUAAUUAUAAACUACAUUUAUCAAUCUGAUUCCAAUAUUAUGUGCAUAAAUGCGACAGGCCGUGUACAUCUCUGGAGGAUCUAGUCAAGGUAGCAAGCCUUGCAUCACCUCUCAGUAUGCAUUUAAUGAACAUGUGUCUAACUUGCACCGUUAUGCAAUUAUUAAGAGAGUAGAUACAAAUGGCCAAUCCUGGCAACCAAUGUUCUAGCAUUAACUUAUUGAGGCAAGCAGAUCAGCGAUUUCAAGGUGGACCCCAAGCAUGUGCUAUGCAUAGUGUAUAUAACAAUUACCAACAGACCUACUAAAUUAUAAACGACAGUCAAAUAGUGACUCUGUAAAAUGAGGAAUGCAUUUAUUCAAUGAAUAACAUUUAUUAGGGAUAAUUAUGAAAACACAGAGAUGAAAGAUCAAUGAUUUUAUAAUAAAAAAGAUUGUAUUGGUGAAAUAUUUGGGUAAGCCUGGCUUCUGUUGGCCUCCAUGAAUACAUAUGCACGCAUCAGAGAGACUCUGCAGUGCAGAAUAUCAUAGUUAUCACUGUGAAAUAAUCUGCUUUAACUAGAUUGUUUCAUUGUGCCAUCGUAAUGCAAUGCAAUGAAUGGUCAAAGACAAAUUUACAUUUCUUUACAACAAGAAAUUACAUAUCAUUAAUCUACCUUAACCUGAUCUUACUUUCUGAUUCGGAACUUUGUGUUUGUGAUGUUCUUGUUGCUCACUUGAGUCAAGCUGCGAAAAGAGGUAGAAGGCAUUUUUGCAAAAGCUAUUCUUUCAAGGAGGGGAGAGGGAGGGGCCCACGAGAGGAGCGCAUUCCAUUCCAGAAGACACAUGUGUUUUCUGGAAUGGAAUGAGGCCGGUCUUACUGCGGGGCAGGUGCUGGCAUGGCUAAGGUUGCUGAGCAGCAUACUGAAAUUAGUGGGAGAGGGGCACGUAGACAGUGGGUGCAGGGCGCAGAGACAGUGGGUGCAGGGCGCAGAGACAGUGGGUGCAGGGCGCAGAGACAGUGGGUGCAGGGCGCAGAGACAGUGGGUGCAGGGCGCAGAGACAGUGGGUGAAAUUAUGUUGAAUUUAAUAAUAAACUACAUUCAUCAAUCUGAUUCCAAUAUUGUGUGAAUAAAUGCGACAGGCCGUGUACAUCUCUGGAGGAUCUAGUCAAGGUAGCAAGCCUUGCAUCACCUCUCAGUAUGCAUUUAAUGAACAUGUGUCUAACUUGCACCGUUAUGCAAUUAUUAAGAGAGUAGAUACAAAUGGCCAAUCCUGGGAACCAAUGUUCUAGCAUUAACUUAUUGAGGCAAGCAGAUCAGCGAUUUCAAGGUGGACCCCAAGCAUGUGCUAUGCAUAGUGUAUAUAACAAUUACCAACAGACCUACUAAAUUAUAAACGAUAGUCAAAUAGUUACUCUGUAAAAUGAGGAAUGCAUUUAUUCAAUGAAUAACAUUUAUUAGGGAUAAUUAUGAAAACACAGAUGAAAGAUCAAUGAUUUUAUAAUAAAAACGAUUGUAUUGGUGAAAUAUUUGGGUAAGCCUGGCUUCUGUUGGCAUCCAUGAAUACAUAUGCACGCAUCAUUGAGAAAUUCUGCAGUGCAGAAUAUCAUAGUUAUCACUGUGAAAUAAUCUGCUUUAACUAGAUUGUUUCAUUGUGCCAUCUUAAUGCAAUGAAUGGUCAAAGACAAACUUACAUUUCUUUACAACAAGUAAUUACACAUCAUUAAUCUACCUUAAGGACAUAGAGAAAGUGGGUUAAGGGCGUAGAGACAGUGCAGCUGAGCAGAGGAGGUACAGGGCAUCCACAUUAUUUUUAAAUAAAUUAUUGGGGGGGGGAUGAAUCGACCUGUUCUGAAUGUUGUGGGGGGACAUAUCUCCCCUGCCAAUUACAAGCAUCAUUUACUUUACUUUUCAAUGAACUGUGAUACCUUUUCAAAAAGUGAUUUAUUGCCCACCUUCCCUACAGAAUCACGUGCUCCAUCCAUGACAGUGUGGGGGUCCAGAUUGAAGCGCUGCAUGGGACCUAUCGUCUACACGGCUCCGCCAGAUGGUGGCUGGGGUUGGGUGGUGGCGGUCUCCUUCUUCCUGGUGGAAGUGUUCACCUACGGAGUCAUCAAGAGCCUGGGCAUCUUCCUCCAGGACCUGAUGGGGGAGUUUGGGGAGAGCAACAGCCGAGUGUCUUGGAUCAUCUCCAUCUGUGUCUUCGUCAUGGCCUUCACUGCUCCUCUCGCUUCUGUGAUGACCAACCGGUUUGGCUUCCAGACAGUUGUUAUGAUUGGUGGACUCCUCGUCUCCAUAGGAACCAUUGCCAGUGGCUUCACCAAAUCCAUCAACGAGAUGUACAUCACCAUCGGACUCGUUGCAGGUCUGGGGUACUGUCUGACCUUCCUGCCCACCAUUACUCUCCUGUCCCAGUACUUCUCCCACCGACGCUCCCUGGUCACAGCUGUCGCCUCCACAGGAGAGUCCUUCUCUGUGUUCGCGCUUGCCCCAGCCUUCUCUGCUCUGAGGGACUGUAUCGGCUGGCGUUACACCCUGGUGGUGAUCGGAGCUCUACAGGGCAUCAUCAUCAUCUGUGGAGUUCUGCUAAGACCCAUCAUCAUCAGACCUGGACCAGCCACGGAGACAGAAACUGAUGGACUGGCUGACAAAGAGCUGAAGGCUCUGAACACAGAGGAGAAGUACUACAGUAAGGAGAGGUUGUACAUUAAGGGUAGUUCAUAUGCUAAGGAUGGGUCUUACACACUGCAGAGUGAUAGCAAGCUGGCUCAUUGUUACUCCCUGAACUCUGGAGAGUCUGUAAACUCUGAAGUUCAGUCCCUCCAUCACCAGGUCCUGGAGGAUGGCAGUAAGGCAGGGGAGGAGAUAGAGGAGGAGGCGUCUUCACAGAGGUGCUUUGGAAGCAAGGAGAAGGACGAGGAGAAGGAUGAGAAGCAGACACAAACACUAUCCCCCCAGAAACUCCUUGACUUCUCCAUGUUAAGAGAAGGCAGCUUCAUCUGCUACGCUCUCUUCGGCCUUUUUGCCACAUUGGGUUUCUUCGCCCCUCAGCUCUACAUCAUCGAGCUGAGUGUGAACCGUGGCGUGAUGCGUCACCGCGCCGCACACAUGCUCUCCGCCAUGGCCUUUGCCGAGAUCUUCGGCCGCCUCUCCAUUGGUUGGGUGCUAGGCAGGAAGCUGUUCAAAGGCAGGAAGCCCCUGGUGCUGCUGGGAUGUGUAGUUCUGUUGUGCCUGGUGCUGGUGGCCUUUACCCUGGUAUGGGAGUUCUGGGGCCUGGCCGUGUGUUGUGGGUUCUAUGGGUUUUUUAUAGGCACCGUGUCGUCGACACAUAUACCCAUGCUGGCAGAGGAGGAUGUGGUGGGCAUAGAAAGGAUGUCGUCAGCUGUGGGGGUCUAUGUGUUUAUACAAAGCUUCGCUGGGCUGGCGGGACCACCUCUGGGAGGUGUUCUUGUGGACCUGACUCAGAACUACGGCUCAGCGUUCUACUCCUGUGCGGUGGGUAUGAGUCUAGGGGCUGUGUUCCUGGGUCUGGUACGACCAGCCAAGAGAGGCCUGCUAUGCUGCAGCACAACCAGGCCUCAGAGCAUUUCGUAUUAUUCUAAUAAUACGAAGUGCUCUGAGACCAGGUUGUACAGCAGGAGGGGGCAUCAGAACCUCCCAGAACCUAUGCAGGUGGGGCCGGGGAACCCUGUACCUCAGCGAGAGGGGAAGGAGGCCCAGGACAGAGAAAGUCCUCAAGGCUUCCUAGAAGUUAACCUUGAUAUGGACCAGAAAACAUUACUGAAAAAGGCCAACAGAUGACAAUCUCUACUUGAAAAGACAUCAAAGGUCAGAAGGAAAUCCCAUAAGAGUCUGAACUGAAGUAUCAGUUGAACUAGUGCUGAUUGAGAAAUCAGACAAAUGUUUGAAUAAAUAUGUAGACUGCCACGGACUAUCUAUCCUGUGAUUUCAGAUCUGGUUUUGGGUGUCUGGAGAGUGGCUCACACUGAACAAAGGAAAUCCCAAUCACGGCCGGUUAUGAUACAGCCUGAAAUCGAACCAGGGUGUCUGUAGCGACGCUGAAAUGCAGUGCCUUAGACCGCUGCGCCACAUGGGAGCCCAUGAACAUGAACACACUGUUUUGCCUCAUGGUAUUGUAAGAGAGGAUACAAACAAUAUGUAGAUACAUGAAGUCAGCUGUGAAGAAACAAUAACACCAUGACAUCAUGUUGUAUUCAAUUAAUUACUUUUUAAACUUCACUUUACAUUUUUUAGACAAAGAAAUCACUUGGUACUAAUAAAAAAUAAAUAUCACAAUA